GUUAUAUGCAGUCACACACAAAUUAUGGAAUAUCAACAAAUUUGUCAAAUGACUGAUAUUUAGAUAUUGGUUAAGGGUUGUACGAAAGAAGGACAAUAAGAUAGCAGUUAAAAUGAUAAACAGGAGGUUUGCUUGUGGUUUAAUAGGGAAGAGAUUUCCUAUUAAUAACCAAAAACAAUCUCAAUUGUUUUAUUCCGUCACUUCAGCAUCUGGUAGUAAGAUCAAUUCCUAUUUUGAAUUAUUUCCUAAGAAUUUCCCGAAUCAAGGUCCACCAGGAGAUUCAUUUCUAAUAAAUGAUAAAACGUUAAGACGGGAGUUUAGAGGUUUACAAAGUGAAAACCAUCCUGAUGUUUUAAUUGGAUCGUCAUUGUUAAAUAAUAACUCUACUACCACCGCCACCAAUGACAACGAGGAUUUCUCAAGCAUCAUAAAUAAAGCUUAUACCAUUUUAAGAAACCCAUAUAAUAGAAUUGCCCAUUUUAUUAAGGUAUACCAUCCUCAAAAACUAGAUAUAACACAGGAUGAAGUAUCGAAACAGUUAAUAAGUGAUUUCAACUCUAGUUCACCUCAAAGUAGUCAAGAUUAUAAAGACAUGUUGAUGACUGUUUUAGAUGCUCAUGAAUCAUUAGAGAUGGCGACGAAUGAACAAGAUUUACAAGAUUUGACGUUGGAGAACAAUGAAAGAAUAAAUCAAAGUGAAGAGAUUUUAGAUAAUUUGAUUCAACUGGAAUGGCCUAUUCAUGAUUGGAAUCCAAUUUUAAUGGAAUCAAUCAAAUUGAAAUAUUGGGUUAAUAUUCAAAAUGGGAUCAAAGAUUGGGAACCGGGAAAGCCAGUUCAUUUAACUCAUUGAGUUGCUAUUUAGACACAUCCAGACAUUAGUGGAUGAAUUUACGAUAAUAAUAUGAAUAAGGAAAGUUUUAAAAAACGUUGUAUAUAUAAUAUAUAUUAAUUGACAAAAGAUUUAUGUAUAAGAAAUGAAUUAAAAAAUAUAAAAAUUGUGAAGCUGUUGUGUGAUAAUUAUACAGAGAUUAAAUUAGAUUAGAUGUAGCAGCGAUGAAUGAAUGGAUAUAUGUAUGUGUAUGUGAAUGAAUGAAUGAAUG